UUUAGCCAAACAAAUGGGUUUCGGGGCGAGCGUUGGGCUCCGCCGCCCAGCGCUGAGCUCCUGGUCCGCCUCAGUCUCGGGGAGCGAGUCAGGCCUGCCGCUGCCUCAUCGGGCUCCCGCAGCCCCGGGCCAGGCCCCGGCCCGGCAGAAGCACAGGCUGGUGAGAUGGAAUCUGAUGGGAGUGGCACCCACCGCUUAUCAGGAAAUAGUGGGCUUCCUGGAAACAGAGGACAGGGCUUCUUACCAAAAGAUUCCAUGACUCCAGCUGUCCUCCUCCAUGCUCUUGAUACCAUCCCAUCGAUGGACGUCAAACCCAAGACUCUGCAUGGCACUCCAGCUGCGCAGUGCUGAGAAACUGAACUUGCCUCUGCCUCCUCCCGUGUGCAGAUCUGACCAGUCGUCUGGGCACCGUCCACUGAGAUGAACCGUUCUUCAUGCAGUUGUCGAAGCCAUAAACCUGAGGAUCCUUGACGCCCCUCCACCCUCUAAUUGGCGUCUGUUAUGCACCUUAAGCCAUACUGGAAACUCCAGAAGAAAGAGCGCCCUCUUGAAAUCAACAGGGACACGCUGAGCCCGCCUAUGAGCCGCGGGGACGCCGCUGACAGUGAUGGAAAGGGCGGAGCCAACUACGUGAGACCAACCGACCUGCCUUCGGCCUCCCUUGUCAAAGCAUCAUCUAGAAAGCCUUUCGGGAUCCUUUCUCCAAAUGUUCUGUGCAGUAUGAGUGGGAAGAGCCCUGUGGAGAACAGCUUGAAUGUUAAAGCCAAAAAGAAUGUGCCGUCUGCAGCAGUGCCCCAGAGUGAAGAGGGACUGCCGGGGAGCUGGGCUAUUGUCAAACCUGGAAACACGAAGGAGAAAAUUGCAUUCUUUGCAUCCCACCAGUGUAGCAAUAGGAUAGGCUCUAUGAAAAUAAAAAGUUCCUGGGAUAUCGAUGGGAGAGCCACUAAAAGGAGGAAAAAAUCAGGGGAUCUUAAGAAAGCCAAGUUACAGCUAGAGAUGAUGAGGGAGCUCAACAGCCAGUGCUACCAGGCCGAGCCUUUUGCCUGCGGUGUCGAGCACUGCUCUGUGCAUUACGUGGGGGACAGUGGGGACGGUGUCUACACUGCGAGGCCUCUGUCAGUGAUACAGAUGGUUGCCUUCCUUGAGCAGAGAGCCACUGCUCUGCUAGCUAGCUGCACAAAAAACUGCACAAAUUCGCCUGCCAUUGUGAAGAUUUCUGGCCAGUCCCGAGGUAUGCCACCUGCACCUGAGCCCUUCUCUGCUCCAGAGACUUGUGAAGAACCCAAGGAAAGAGAAAAUCCUGAGACUGGCAGAUCCCAGAGUGAGCCGGUCCGUGUCCUUGACAUGGUAGCCAGGUUGGAGUCAGAGUGCCUGAAGCACCAGGGCCAGCGGGAACCCGGGAGCUUGUCCCGGAAUAACAGCUUCCGUCGGAAUGUAGGCAGGGUGCUGCUCACAAAUGGCUCUCAGGCCAGCGACAAGGAUGAGGAGGGCUCUGCAGACACACCCGACACUCCGGGGCACCCCUUGCAGCCGUUAUCUGUGGGCGAAGGACUCUCCGUAACUGACCUUCAUUCUGUAGGGGAGCAGGCCUGGGGUGCGCCCUCUCAGAGCAGUCCCUCGUUGCCAGCAGGUGUGAGCUGCCACACGACCAGCACAGAGUUAGAGCCGGGUCCGCAAACAGCUGUGGAGAACUGCAGCCGGGGAGACGUGGAGAUGGCAGAGGGAUGUGAUGAAUUGCCUACAGAUGCUGUGAGCUGUAGAAGUAGAGAGCUUGUACCACUCACAAACCACAACCCUGAGCAGAGGCAGGAACCUCUGUGCGUCAGCAUCACUGUGUGCACAGUAGAGAAAGCCGAGCCAUCUGCUUUAGACUCCCUUGAAGAGCCUCUUCCUGGGAUGCUGUUCUUUCUGUCACCGGGACAGGACAAGCACGAGCACCCCAAGUUGAGUGACCACCCAGCGCCAGAGGUGUCAGAGGCCAGUCCGCCUCAAGAUGCUGCUGAGGACAGCAGUGCACAUGAGGAGAAAGAAGCCCCCGUGGAGCCGCUCGUCCCAGCAGCCUCUGGGGGAGGCAGCACCUUACAGGUUCUUGAGGCAGCCACUUGCAAGAAGCAGGUGUCUCAGGACUUCCUAGAGACCAGGUUUAAGAUCCAGCAGCUUCUGGAACCUCAGCAGUACAUGGCGUGCCUGCCCCACCACAUCAUGGUGAAGAUCUUCAGGUUGCUCCCGACCCUCAGCUUAGCGAUCCUCAAGUGUACCUGCCGCUACUUCAAGUCCAUCAUCGAAUACUACAACAUCAGGCCCGCGGAUUCUCGGUGGGUCCGAGACCCGCGCUACAGGGAAGACCCUUGCAAGCAGUGCAAGAAAAAGUACGUGAAAGGGGAUGUGUCCCUGUGCCGGUGGCACCCCAAACCCUACUGCCAGGCUUUGCCAUACGGGCCUGGGUACUGGAUGUGCUGCCACCAGUCUCAGAAGGGCUUUCCUGGCUGUAAGUUAGGCCUUCAUGACAAUCACUGGUUGCCUGCCUGCCAUAGCUUUAACCGGGCAAUCCAUAAGAAGUCAAGGGGAAGUGAAACAGAGGAGGAGUUCUGAGUCCACGGGAGAGGCGACAGGCCUGUGAGUCAAUCACCAGGGUCAGCCGUCAGGGCUGCGACCUCACCCGGCCCCUCUGGAGCUCUGCUCAGAUCUGACUGCCACUGCUCAGGCUGUAAACUGUGUCCCAGCUGUACAAGACUUAGCCCCAGGUUUUGUAUAGUUGUGCCUCACAUUCAACCUAUCCAGCUGUGAAGAACUCUUGCCUGUCUCCCUCCAUCAAGGCCAUUCAGAGGUCACCAGGCAGUCUCCACAAGGGGAUCCUGAAGUGCUCCAACACUGGCUCUGCAUUUGGAGUGAGUGAGAAGGGAAGCAAACCUUUGAGAAUUAUGCCUCAAAAAGGAAAGCCAGGCCCCUACCCUAGACCCGGAUGCUUGUUCCUGUGUGUGCGAGUGGCGACUGGAGACGGAUAUGCCCUGUGGUGUUUACAGUGUAUAUAAUGGUUGUGUCUGCAUAGGGCUGUGAACGUGCACAUUAAACCCGAGCGCCUUUACCUGUAGAUGAGUGCUUUGACCCCUCUGUAAAUAUCGUGAUUAAAAUUCAGUAUUGUAUAUUAUGAACAGCUGACUAAACAUAAUCACCACAGAAUAAGACAAUAUCAUAUAAUAGAUUAAAAUGUUGUGCAUCCUUUUGUCUGGUUAAAAUUUUUUUUAAAAAAACAAUAAAAAAUAAACCUUUUAAAUGAA